AUGGGACAGUCUGAAGGCAAACAGGUUCAAGGGGCAGAAUGCAAAGAAAAAUGGCGCAAUAUCCGAAGCGUUUUUGGCCGGACCUUGAAAACUGAUAGACGUAAACCUUAUUACUUAAAUGCUUUCAUGCAAUUUCUUGUGCCCUUUAUAAAGGUGUAUGGAACUUCAAAUACUAAGGACCAUAACGCAUCACAAAAUGAGGCUUUAGAUUCAAUGCACGAUACCGCUGAUUGGGACUUUGAAAUAAAAGAACAAUGUAUGAAAUCAGAUCCGGAAGAUGAUAUAGAAGAGGUAGUGAUAGUGGUGGAAAAUAAAACAAAUUUGCAUCAUUCAUUUCAAAAUGACCAAAGAGACUUAUCGACACCAGCGCAGAAUAGAACAGAUUCGCCAUCAUCAUCGUUUUUAGAUCAUCUACCAUAUUUACCUGGUACUGAACCAAAUAAACCUAGUGUUGAAGGUGAUACUGAUGAUAGGCCAAGCAAUAGUAAAAUUAGGAAAAUUGAAGAUUUAGAAAAUAAUCCUAAAAAGAUGUUUUUACUAAGUUUGCUUCCAGAUCUUAAUUCAAUGACCGAUAGCCAAAUGAGGAAGUUCAAGUUUAAGGUUUUAGAAUUAGUUGAUAAUAUCUUGACCAACAAUUAG